AAUUGACGAAGUUGGCUGCUGUUGUUGUUUCAGAAGAUCGGGCCAUGAUCAAAACCGAAAAGGUUUUACAUUUGAAAAGCUCAAAGGGUAGAAAGGUUCGUGUGGUCCGAGAGCACUACGUGAGAAAAGGGAUACCAUGUUGGAGCUCAAUCUGUCCUGCAAAUUGUCCGAACAAUGGAAAGGUGCUGUCCAGCGAUGUGACCCACUAUGUGGUUCCGGAUGUGGGAGUGGUUCGGGAUUUCCUGGAGAUUCUGGAGUUCAGGGAGCUGCAGGGGGUCGUAUUCACCCAGACUGCCUACCAGAUUGUUCAGCACACCCGUGGACGCAGGCACUAUAAUAGACUGCGUGCUCUCUUGAAGGACCCUCGCCAUGAUUGUGUGCUGUUUGCCAAUGAGUUUCAGCAGGACUGCUACUGCCCCAGAGACAAGGGCGAGUCUCAGGACAAAUGGCAUACAAGAUGUGUGUACCAUGCAGCAGUUUGGUAUUUUAAUCAUCUUGCUGGACUUAGGCCGGUCGUAAUGCUUACGGAAGACUGCGACGCGAUAUCAGAAUGCAAUGCCUUAAACAGUGGAGUGUAUGUCAUCUCAACUCGGGAGUACCUGAAAAGUUUCUGUCCAGACCUGCAGGCAGCCCAAGAUCUGUAUAACUCCAUUGCUCAGACCCUGCAAGAGCGAGAGAGUGAAGGAGUAGAGAAAGUGCACGCUGAACACUUGCCUGCGGAGGUCUUGGAGGCUGGUAUUAAAUCUGGCAGGUACAUCCAGGGCAAUCUCAGUGUGAACAAACAUCGAGCACAGCAUGAAGCUUUUGUCCGUUAUGAGGGCUCUACCAGCAAGAAUACAGAGCUAAACAGUGAUGUGCUGAUCAACGGAAUGAAGCAUCGUAACCGUGCAGUCCAUGGAGAUGUGGUCGUCAUAGAACUGUUGCCAUGUAACGAGUGGAAGGGCCGGACCAUGGCACUAACAGAGGGUCAGGGGGAGGAGCGGUCACAGGAGGACACACAGAGCCAGCCCAUGCCCACAGGCAGGGUGGUGGGUGUUCUGCAGAGGAACUGGAGAGACUACGUAGCGAGCGUUCCUCCUCUUGAGGAAGUGCAGUCCCAGAGCCGAAAUUCACAGAAGAUUCUGGUUGUGCCCUGGGACUACCGCAUCCCGAAAAUCCGCAUCAGCACACAGCAGGCUGAGGCACUGCAGGACCACAGGAUUAUUGUGCGUCUGGAUUCAUGGGAGAGCACUUCUGUCUACCCAAAUGGCCACUGUGUGAGAGUCCUGGGGAAGGCAGGAGAACUGGAGACUGAAAUUCAGACCAUCCUGAUGGAGAACUGCAUCCAUGCACCACCAUUCUCAGAGGCACAGUUGCGAGAGAUGCCAGUUAACACAGAGGAGAACCCAUGGCAGAUGGACAGCAGUGAGGUAUCCUCUCGGCGGGACCUGAGGGACACUCACCUGGUGUUCAGUAUCGAUCCUAAGGGCUGUGAGGAUGUGGAUGACACCUUAUCUGUACGGACUCUGCCUGGGAAGCGUCUAGAGCUGGGUGUCCACAUUGCUGACGUCACUCACUUUGUCAGAGAGGGCUCUCUUACAGACAUAGAGGCACGCUCCAGAGCAACCACAUACUACUUGGCUGACCGCAGAUAUGACAUGCUGCCAUCAGUACUGAGUGCUGACCUGUGCUCUCUCCUUGCAGGAGUGGACCGAUAUGCUGUGAGUGUGCUGUGGGAGCUUGAUGCUGAAUCUCUGGAUGUGUGUAUGGUUUGGUACGGCCGCACUCUCAUACGCUCGUCUUAUCAGCUUCAUUAUGAGCUUGCUCAGAGCCUGCUGAACGGGGAAGUGGUUGAAGUGCCUGAACUAGCCCAGCUCAAGGGCUCUCAGCGGGACCUGAAACUGGCCGAGCUCCUACAGGCCCUGGAGACCCUGACCAGGGUUGCCAGACACCUCCGGGCACAGAGGGAUAAGGGUGGUGCUCUGGAGUUGGAAGGGGUGGAGGUGAGGGCUCAGCUGGAUGAGGAAAAGAACAUCACAGCCCUGGUCCCCAAACAACCUCUGGAGGUUCAUGAGACUGUGGCAGAGUGUAUGAUCUAUGCCAACCACUGGGUGGCACGCAAGAUACAGAAGAGCUUUCCACACCAAGCACUUCUGCGCCAUCACCCACCUCCAAAACAGGAGUUCUUCAAUCAAUUAAUUGAAAGUGCCAAGGCCCGUGGCUUCAGUAUUGAUACAAGGUCAAACAGGGCUCUGGCUGAUUCUCUGGAACGGUCUGUGGAUCCUCAGGACCCCCUGGUGAACAGGAUGUUGAGAAUGAUGGCCACACAGGCCAUGUCUAAUGCCCUUUACUUCUCUACAGGAACCUGCACAGAGGAGCAGUACUAUCACUAUGGUCUCGCUCUGGAUCGAUACACUCACUUUACCUCUCCAAUCAGACGCUAUGCUGAUAUAAUAGUUCACCGGCUCCUUAUUGCUGCCAUUCAGCUGGAGAAGGAAGGGUCACAAAUCAAGGCCUUGGCCAGUAACAAAGAACUUGAGGAGCUGUCUCAACAUAUCAACAAUAAAAACAGGGCAGCGCAGCAUGCACAGACGCAGUCCACGGAGCUCUUCCAGUGCCUCUUUUUCCGAGACAAAGAUCCACAUAAAGAUGAACGUUGCAUAGCAGAUGGUGUGAUCUAUGCUGUCAGAGCUAAUGGCUUUCUCGUCUUCAUACCACAGUAUGGUUUGAAGGGAGCAGUGUACCUCAAGGAUCGGGAGGGCAAGGUGGUCAGCGUCGGUGGAGAUGGAAGGUGCGAGUGGCAAGCUGGAACAUUGCAGAGAUACCCUGAUAGGAUCAACACUUGCACCAGCACUGGAACUCAAACCUUUUACCUCUUUGACCAUGUUACAGUCCGUAUCUCUAUUGCACCCUCCCGUUGCCAUGCCGACAGCUUGUCUCUGGAACUUAUCAGCAACAAGCCCCAUUGCACUGUGCAACCCGAGUCACAGCCAGCUGGUCGCGGUCGGACCGAGUUGGUUCAGGAAGUAGUGCGUUGGGCAGAGGAGGCCUCAAUCCAGGCAGAGCAAGAGAGGGCAAGGAAGCCUAAACUGAGUAGGGAGGAGAGGCAGUUCAGACAAAGCAAAACGCCAAACCUCUAUGCACUUCUGCAGGAGAUCAGUGAGCUUUCCCUGCUGGAUCAGUCUGCUUGCCACAUCAGAAAUGCAGAGGCACAGACUUGCACUACAUCAUCUUAGUUUCAUUGUGCUGUAAAAUUCACUAGACAUAAUAGGGAUAGUAUUAUUAUUACUAGAUUAAAGCCAUGGAAACUCCAUUGAAAAGUGUUCACAUGGAAAAGUCCCUCUCUCAACAAACCUAGUCAGGUACUCUGCCUAUCUGUUUCCUAUCAAGUCAGUGGUUUUAUAACUAUGAAGUUAUAAAACUGAAUCUCUCAUAAUUUACUCAUAUACCCUCAUACCAUCCCAGAUGUGUAUGACUUUCUAUCUUCUGCUGAACACAAAUUAAGAUUUUUAGAAGAAUUUCUCAGCUGUUUUUAACCAUACAAUGCAUGGACCAAAUGGGUGCCAACAUUUUUAAGCUCCAAAAUCCACAUAAAUGCAACAUCAAAGUAUUCCAGAUGACUCAAGUGGAUUAAUUAAUGUCUUCUGAAAUGACAUGAUAGGUGGGGGUGAGAAACAGAUCCAUAUUUACAUUAAAUUUUUUUUACUAUAAAUUCUGCUCCCUGCUCAUUCACUCUCCACUAUAGCUUCACUUUCCCAGUCUUUGGUGAAUCACAUUCUUCCUGCGUAUCACCCCUACUGGGUGGGGAGGAGAAUUUCUAAUAAAAGCAAUUGUAGUUUCUCACCUACAUCUAUCAUAUCGGUUCUUAAUAUAUUAAAACACUGGAGUCAUAUGGAUUACUUUUGUGCUGCCUUUGUGGAACUUGGAGCUUCAAAAUUUUGGCACACAUUCACUUGCAUUGUGAGGACCUACAGAGCUCAAAUAAAAUUCUAAAAAUCAUCAUUUCUGUUCUGUAUCAAUUCUCUCAUCAUUACAGAAUUUUCAUUUUUUGGGUGUACUAUCCCUUUAAGAAAGCUUUAAACAACACAAAAAGGAAUGAGAGAAAAUGAGGCAAAACAAUAUUGAAAACAGAGUUUGUAACCUAUAUAUCUUUUUUGAAGUUGAUUUUUAGAUCUCCUAGAUAAUUGCUUUAUUUAUGAUAAUGUUUUCCAUUUUGAUGAAGUAAAAACUUAUUAGGAAAACAUUUUUAGCAAUAAAAUAUAUUUUAUUAUAUGCAUCACUAAUAUUAUUAUGGUUCAGUUUUUUUCUUUACAACACACUUAUUUACUGAUUAAUUGGUGCUGAUCGUUGCAUAUUUUUAUUUUCACUUUAAUUCCACAUCAGGUGAAAUAUCUAUACAAAAUACAUAUACAUAACUCUUCAUCUGGUGAAUAUAUUGGCUAUAAAAAAAAAACUUAAUUUGGUAAAAAUAUAGAACAUUUCAAAAUAAAAGUCACUGGUGUACUUUGGGCUUGUUUAUGGUUAAAAGUCCUGUGCUAUGCUCCAAAUAUUAUUUUUCUGGUUACUCUUGGGAUUCUGGUUGCACAAACUGCAUUUGGGUUUUAGUCAUUUUGGAUGUUUUGUAGCCUCACUGUCUGUGAAUGACUUUUAUAACUCUAUUUAAAAAAAAAAAAAAAAAAAACCUUUUGGCUGAUUAAUCAAUUAUCUGUGUUUUCCAAAACUUUAGUUAUCAUUAUUCGCAAAAUCCACUAUGGGUCGACCUCUACUACAGAUAAACUGCACUUGAACUUGGAUAAAAUCAUACAGGGUUAACUACAUAAACACUUUAUGUAGAAUAUUAAAACACAAAAAACUAACACUGACUGAAGGAUUCCAUAAAUGUUAUGAACAUGGAUAAAAUGACCAGAAGAGUGGAAUGAGAUGACAAACUUUUGCAAAGUAACUUAUUGGGCCAACUUCAAACACUCUGCAAUACAUUUGCAUCGGCAAUGUCCUUAAGUUUGGGCAUUAUGAUAAAAGUCCAGCCAGCAAAGACAAAUGAGAGUGGUUAAUAUGAAGACCAUCAGCAAGGAGGGGACGUAUGUAUGACAGUUUGAAGAAGGAAAUAAAUUCACUUUUUUUUAAACGGAGUCAUUUCAAUAUCCUCACACAUGGUAAUCACCAAUGUGUCUGUGGCAGCGGGGGCGUGGUCAAGCGCUCGUCCGGGUGAGAAAGCGGUAAAGGCGCGUGCACCUGAGCUAAAUUAUGUCUAACACCUGUCUCUAAUUUCAGUGAGCACGGGGAGAGCGGCAUAAAACAGCCACAGAACCUCCAGUGGAGAGAGAGAGUCAGGGACAAAGAAAGCCUGUACUGGAAAUGAUUAUUGACUGUGAAGUUGAAAAGAAAAGUUUAUUAAUUAAAAAGCCUUAGGCCUACCGCUGAAGUGGAAGCCCUGUUUGCUGUGUCGUCCUUCCCUCCGUGGAGAGGUGUGUUAGUGUCCAAAUGAGUUGAAACACUGAAAAGCAGCCAGAUUAUGGUCUUUCUGUCUGUCUGCAAGGAGUUGAUUUUGCAUUACUCUUUUCUUUGACAAGCCA